GAUGCAACAAACACAACAAGAGAACGUAGAGACCUCAUUCAAGGCUUUGUGAAGGAGAAUGCAUUCAAGGUAUUCUUCGUGGAGUCGGUGUGCGACGACCCUGAGGUGAUAGCUGCUAAUAUUCUGGAAGUGAAGGUGUCCAGUCCCGACUACCCUGAGAGACACAGAGAGAGAGUAAUGGACGACUUCCUCAAACGCAUCGAGUGCUACAAGGUCACUUAUCAACCGUUAGAUCCUGACAACUACGACAAGGACCUGUCGUUUAUCAAGGUGAUAAACGUGGGCCGGCGUUUCCUGGUGAACCGGGUGCAGGACUACAUCCAGAGCAAGAUCGUGUAUUACCUCAUGAACAUCCACGUGCACUCUCACUCCAUCUACCUGUGCCGCCACGGAGAGAGCAACCACAACGUGGAGGGCCGCAUCGGGGGGGACUCUGAGCUUUCUCCUCAAGGGAAACAGUUGGCCCACGCCCUGAGAGACUUCAUCGAGGAGCACCAACUGUGGGAUUUGAAGGUUUGGACGAGUCAACUGAGAAGAACCAUCCAGACGGCGGAGGAGCUCGGGGUUCCUUAUGAACAGUGGAAGAUUCUCAACGAGAUCGACGCUGGUGUGUGUGAGGAGAUGAGCUAUGAGAUGAUCGAGAACACUUUCCCAGAGGAGUUUGCUUUGAGAGACCAGGACAAGGAUCACUAUGGUUACCAAGGAGGAGGGUCCUACCAGGAUCUGGUUCAGCGACUGGAGCCGGUCAUCAUGGAGCUGGAGAGACAGGGCAACGUGCUGGUCGUCUGCCACCAGGCCGUGAUGAGAUGUCUGUUGGCGUACUUCCUGGAUAAAAGUGCAGGUUGCAAAGUGGAACUGUUUUAUCUGAAGGUGGAGGCAGUGAACACACAUCGAGACCGGCCCCUUGGUGGAAACUUGCUGAUCUCAGAAUGUCUGCUUUCACAGCAGGGUCCUUCAGGUCCAGAGGAGUCCUGCAGCUUCCCUUAA